AUGGCGUCCUCCGCGUCGCCGUCGCAGGCUGACCUCGAUCUCGCGAGCGCGCUCGCGGACGCGUCCGCGGACGUCGUCCUCGGCUCGGAGAGCUGGAGCCGGCGCGCCAUCUUAAACGAGAUGGGGAUCCCGCACCGGACGGUGCCCGCGCGCAUCGACGAGAAGGCCAUCCGCGUCGACGACCCGGGCGAGCUCGUGAUGGCGCUCGCGCGCGCGAAAGCGACCGCCGUGGUCCGAAAGCUCAGGGAGGAGGCGUCGUCGUCGGCGUCGUCGUCGUCGUCGUCGUCGCGACGCACGACGCUCGUCAUCGCUUCCGAUCAAGUCGUCGUGUGCGACGGCGUCGUCCGCGAGAAGCCCGCGGACGCGGCCCAAGCGCGCGCGUUCAUCGCGUCGUACGGGCGCUCUCCGCCGAGCACCGUGGGCGCGAUCGUCGUCGCGGACGUCGACACGGGCGCCGUCUUCGCGGCGAGCGACACGUCGACGAUCGCGUUUCGAGGACCGAUCCCGGAGGCGACCGUGGACGCGUUGCUCGAGCACGACGACGGGUUCGUCAUGAAGUGCGCUGGAGCGCUCAUGGUCGAGCACCCGCUCAUGGUGGAACGCAUAGAGCGCGUCGACGGCACGAAGGACUCGCUGAUGGGGCUGUGCAAAGCGAAGACGCGAGAGCUACUGACGCGAGCGAUCGACGACGCGGCGUCGCGGAAUAAUAAUAGGAAAGACGAGCGAUGA